AUGGCCGCCCUCAAGAACUUUUGCGCAAACGUCUUCUACUGCUGCACCAGCCGUAACACGGUCGACUAUGAGAAUGUCCUGGCAGACAGCGAGCGCGAGGCAGUCACCGACUUGCUGAACUUCCUCGAGAACAGGCAAGAGACCGACUUCUUCACCGGCGGUCCUCUCAAUGCCCUCAGCACUCUAGUCUACUCACACAACAUCGACCUGCAACGAAGCGCCAGCUUGACUUUUGCCGAGAUCACCGAGCGAGGUGCGUUGGACUUUAUGAGCUCCUCCAUCGUCAUGCAUACUAACGCUACCUGUCGCANNGAUGUGCGCGCUGUGGAUAAGAACACGCUCGAGCCCAUCCUCUUCCUUCUCGAGAGCAGCGACAUUGAAGUUCAACGAGCUGCCAGUGCCGCCCUGGGAAACCUUGCCGUAGAUGCUCACAACAAGAUCCUGAUCGUCCAGCUAGGAGGUCUUCAGCCGCUGAUCAGACAAAUGAACUCGAGCAACGUCGAAGUGCAGUGCAAUGCCGUUGGUUGCAUCACGAACCUAGCUACCCACGAAGACAACAAGGCAAAGAUUGCUCGCUCUGGUGCUCUGGCUCCCUUGACAAGGCUAGCAAAGUCCAAGGAUAUGCGUGUCCAACGGAAUGCCACCGGCGCUCUGCUGAACAUGACUCACUCAGAUGACAACAGACAACAGCUCGUCAACGCUGGCGCAAUCCCUGUCCUCGUCCAUCUCCUGACCUCGCCUGAUACCGACGUUCAAUACUACUGCACAACCGCUCUCAGUAACAUCGCCGUGGAUGCCUCGAACCGCAAGCGCCUCGCACAGACAGAAACCCGUCUUGUUCAGUCAUUGGUCAACCUCAUGGACGGCCAUGCUCCAAAGGUGCAAUGUCAAGCUGCUCUUGCGCUGCGUAACCUCGCCUCGGAUGAGAAAUACCAGCUCGAGAUUGUGCGCAAUGGUGGUCUCGGUCCUCUUCUCCGUCUCCUGCAGUCGGCUUUCCUCCCCCUCAUCCUCUCCGCCGUCGCCUGUAUCCGUAACAUCUCGAUUCACCCCAUGAACGAGUCUCCCAUCAUUGAUGCUGGCUUCCUCAAGCCCCUGGUACAUCUCCUUGGGAGCACUGACAAUGAAGAGAUUCAAUGUCACGCUAUUUCCACCCUGCGCAACCUUGCCGCAUCGUCGGACCGCAACAAGCAACUCGUCCUGGAAGCCGGUGCUGUUCAAAAGUGCAAGGAGCUUGUCUUGGAGGUUCCGGUCAAUGUCCAGAGCGAGAUGACGGCUGCUAUUGCUGUUCUCGCUUUAAGCGACGAGCUGAAGCCUCAUCUGUUGAGCCUUGGUGUCUUUGAUGUUUUAAUCCCCCUGACCGAGAGCGAGAGCAUCGAGGUACAGGGCAACAGUGCUGCUGCUCUGGGCAACUUGUCAAGCAAAGGUAAGAGUUCGGAAAAUUCGGCUCCUCAAUCGCCUGCUGACGCCUACUCAGUCGGAGACUACUCCAUCUUCAUGACCAACUGGAACUCUCCUUCUGGAGGUAUCCACGGCUACCUGUCUCGUUUCCUCGCAUCUGGAGAUCCAACCUUCCAACAUAUCGCCAUCUGGACUCUGCUACAACUUCUUGAGAGUAACGACACUCGUCUCGUCGGCACCAUUAACUCUGCCGAGGAUGUCAUGCAGAUGGUCCAAGACAUUUCGGAGAGACAGGUCGAGAGUGACACCGAGGAUGGCAGCGAAGAUGGCGAAGCCGAGGUGGUCGGACUCGCUCGCCGUUGCCUUGAGAUUUCCAGCGGUGACGGCAACAAGAAAGCCCUUUCUGAGGGAUGA